AGCGCGGGACGGCUGGGGGCCAGGGUGGCGAGGUCUGUGGUCCCGGAGUUGGGGCUCCAGCUUCCCGGUCCGUCUUUCCCCGCCGGCCUCCCCAAGAGGGGUCGGAGCCCCGGCGGGCGCCCCCGGCGAUGAGCCCGGACUCGAGGUGGCCGGUGAGUGCGGGCCUGGGACCUUGGCGGGAGUGGCCAACGGGAAAGGGGUAAGCUACUUUCGUGGGGGCGCGCACUGAGCUGCACGGUCCGGGUGCCUCUCGGGCCGCUCCAGCCGGGAGAACUGACAGUGCGCUGGCUCCCAGCCGACAUCCAGGGGUAACAUUGUAUCCUUCGGAGCUGCCUGGGCCAAUGGCAGGAGAGGAGCCUUGUUUAACUUGUUACACUUCGACAAAGGGGAAACGCCGCCGCAUCCGGGAGAGAGGGCUGUGGGCACCUCUGGGGCCCGGCCUGGUCCCUCCGGCCCCCGCCCCCUACUUCCUCCGGCCCUCUGAGCUAUGGGAGCAGCUGCAGCCGCCACACUCCUGGGCCCCGGGCCCUCCCCACGGGCUUUCAGGUUAAGUUCUGAUCUCCGUCCCCUCUGCCUCUGCUGCUGCCGGGUCAGAAGCCAGGAUGGCAGAGCCGCAGCGUUCACCGGGGACCCAGCAUCGAAAGAGGAGAGCUUGUUUGUGCUUCCUGUUGGUUUAAAGACACAUCCGCAGAUAGGCAGUGGAAGCGAGUUGGAAUUGAACGUGUAGCUUUACUCAGUGUGGGAGUCAGGGUUUGUUGAGAGAGGGCCUGGAGCAGCCCAUUUGACUGGUUAAGCCUCAGGAGGCCAGAAGCCAAGAGGGGCCACUGUCCGGGAGCUCAGGGUAGCUUUGCCUGGGAUGGAGUCAAUCCCCCAGAUGAAUUGUUGGACUCAACUAGGCCGAGAGAAAUUGGGGCAGUCUGUAACCAAGCUGGGCUUCCUGGGGGCUGGUACCAUCUGCUGUCUCCACUCACCCCGGAACAUUGAGGAGGAGGAAGGGAGGGCCCCUGAGCAACAGCACGGAGCUGAGUGUGUCUGAUUGUCAUGGUCCUGUUAGUAUCCUUAGGACCUUGCACUUAGUAGGCACUCAGUUGAUGUUACACGAAUGGGUGAAGGGUGCAAAUGUAAAACAUGCUACUUACUGGCCCUGACUAAAUGACCUCAGUUUUCACUUGGCUCCUUAGUACAUCCCCCAACUCAGUCCCAGGGCAAGGGCAUAGGCUCCCCCUAAAGGCCUCAGAAAUGAACUGAUUCUUUCUAUAAUCCAGUGAUCCAAGUCCUUCGCCACCUAUUCAAGUUUCUGCAUGGGCUAAUGCUAGCCUGCAUUCCAUCGCUCUCAGCUCCAAAUCCAGUGAUUCCCUCAUUCAGCCAUUCAUUUGACAGGUUAUUCAUUCAUUCACCAAAAACUGAGUGUUCAGUAUAUGCCAGGUACUAAGGAUAUAGAGCCCUAGUGGCACAGUGGUUAAGAGUUCCCAAAAGUCAGCAGUUCAAAUCCACCAUCCACUCCUUGGAAACCCUGUGGGACAGUUCUCCUCUGUCCAUUAGGGUUGCUAUGAGUCAGAAUCGACUCGACGUCAACAGAUUUUUCAAGGAUAUAGAGGUAAGUAGGCACAUCUGCACUGUGCAAGCUCCCAGUCUAGUGAGAGGAGGCAGACAAGUCUCCUUGACAGAUAAGUGCCAUGGUGGAGGUGAGAAUGGGAUGCUGUGGAAGGAAAGCUCCCACAGGAGAGUCAAAGAUGUCAUAACAGAAGAAGUGACCUUUGAGCUGGGUUUUGAAGAACUGAGUAGGAGCUUACAAAUCAGAAAGGAUGGAGGGCAUUCUAAGUAGAAUUCAUUCUACAGGAAUUAAGAGGUUAUUACAUAUUCAGAGAAUGGCCAGUUGCCUGGGAUAAACAGAAGCACAGCUCUACCUGGUAAAGCAUCUGGAAAGGAGGACUAGGGCCAGACGGUGAACGGAGGACUUUGAAUGCCAUCAGAGGAAAUUUGAAUGUUAUCCUGAAGGAAGUGGGGAGCAUCUGGAGGGUUUUAAUCAAGAGAUUGGCAUGAUCGUUGUUAGUUGGUAGAAGGAUCACUCAGGCUGCAUUAUGUGAGAUUUAGCUAGAGGGGGGAGUUUAGACAUAGGGCAGGAUGACCAGGCAAGACGCAGUGAGGUCCCAGACCAGGACCAUGGUGGAAGAGAUGGCAUUUGGAAAUGCUGUAGAGGUGGGAUGGCCAGGACCUGGUGACCUUUGGGAAGGGGGAGGGGGAGGGCAGGAGAAAGUGGGGUCCCUGAUGCAGUGGCCAGGAACCCCUCCCCAGACCUAUGCUAACUGAUAUCUGUGUUCUAGUUGUGACAGCAUGGGGGUGGACUUUGAUGUGAAGACUUUCUGCCACAACCUGCGGGCAACUAAGCCACCGUAUGAGUGUCCCGUGGACACAUGCCGCAAGGUCUAUAAAAGCUACAGCGGUAUCGAGUACCACCUGUACCACUAUGACCACGACAACCCGCCGCCCCCACAGCAGACUCCACUCCGCAAGCACAAGAAGAAGGGACGCCAGUCGCGCCCAGCCAACAAGCAGUCACCCAGCCCCUCGGAGGUGUCACAGUCACCAGGCCGUGAGGUGAUGAGCUACGCACAGGCCCAGCGCAUGGUGGAGGUGGACCUGCAUGGCCGUGUCCACCGCAUCAGCAUCUUUGAUAACCUGGAUGUAGUGUCAGAGGAUGAGGAGGCCCCAGAAGAAGCCCCAGAGAAUGGCAGCAACAAGGAGAACACCGAGACACCGGCUGCCACUCCCAAGUCGGGCAAGCAUAAGAACAAGGAGAAACGCAAGGACUCCAACCAUCAUCACCACCAUAAUGCUUCUGCGAGCGCUACUCCCAAGCUGCCAGAGGUGGUAUACCGAGAGCUGGAGCAGGAUACCCCUGAUGCCCCGCCCCGGCCAACUUCCUAUUACCGGUACAUUGAGAAGUCAGCAGAGGAGCUGGACGAGGAAGUAGAGUAUGACAUGGACGAGGAGGACUACAUCUGGCUGGACAUCAUGAACGAGCGGCGGAAGACAGAGGGUGUGAGUCCCAUCCCGCAGGAGAUCUUUGAGUACCUAAUGGACCGGCUGGAGAAGGAGUCAUACUUUGAGAGCCACAAUAAAGGCGACCCCAAUGCGCUAGUGGAUGAGGAUGCCGUGUGCUGUAUCUGCAAUGAUGGUGAGUGCCAGAACAGCAACGUCAUCCUCUUCUGUGACAUGUGCAACCUGGCCGUGCACCAGGAGUGCUAUGGUGUCCCCUACAUUCCUGAGGGCCAGUGGCUGUGCCGCCGCUGCCUGCAGUCACCCUCCCGUGCUGUGGACUGUGCCCUGUGCCCCAACAAGGGUGGUGCCUUCAAGCAGACAGAUGAUGGGCGCUGGGCCCAUGUGGUGUGUGCCCUGUGGAUCCCCGAGGUCUGCUUUGCCAACACAGUCUUCCUAGAGCCUAUUGACAGCAUCGAGCACAUCCCACCAGCUCGCUGGAAGCUUACCUGCUACAUUUGCAAACAGCGGGGCUCAGGGGCCUGCAUCCAGUGCCACAAGGCCAACUGCUACACGGCCUUCCAUGUGACAUGCGCCCAACAGGCUGGCCUUUACAUGAAGAUGGAGCCCGUGCGGGAGACAGGUGCCAAUGGCACCUCCUUCAGUGUCCGCAAGACGGCCUACUGCGACAUCCACACACCCCCAGGUUCAGCGCGCCGCCUGCCUGCCCUGUCCCAUAGCGAGGGUGAAGAGGAUGAGGAGGAAGAGGAGGAAGAGGGUAAAAGCUGGAGCUCAGAGAAAGUCAAGAAGGCCAAGGCCAAGUCCCGGAUCAAGAUGAAGAAGGCGCGGAAGAUCCUGGCAGAGAAGCGAGCAGCAGCACCUGUGGUGUCGGUGCCCUGCAUCCCACCACACAGGCUCAGCAAAAUCACCAAUCGCCUGACCAUCCAGAGGAAGAGCCAGUUCAUGCAAAGGCUUCACAGCUACUGGACACUGAAGCGGCAGUCACGGAACGGGGUCCCACUUCUACGUCGCCUGCAGACACACCUGCAGUCUCAGAGGAACUGUGACCAAAUUGGGAGAGAUUCUGAGGAUAAGAACUGGGCCCUCAAAGAACAGCUCAAGUCCUGGCAGAGGCUCCGGCACGAUCUGGAGCGAGCUCGGCUGCUGGUGGAACUGAUCCGCAAGCGGGAGAAGCUCAAAAGGGAGAUGAUCAAGGUCCAGCAGAUUGCCAUGGAGAUGCAGCUGACCCCUUUCCUCAUCCUCCUUCGCAAAACCUUAGAGCAGCUCCAAGAGAAGGACACGGGCAACAUCUUCAGCGAGCCGGUCCCUCUGUCUGAGGUAACCGAAUUGGAUGAAGUACCUGACUACCUAGACCACAUCAAAAAGCCCAUGGACUUUUUCACCAUGAAGCAGAACUUGGAAGCUUACCGCUACCUGAACUUUGAUGAUUUCGAGGAGGACUUCAACCUUAUCGUCAGCAACUGCCUCAAGUACAAUGCCAAGGACACCAUCUUCUACCGGGCAGCAGUGCGGCUCCGUGAACAGGGUGGUGCUGUGCUCCGCCAGGCCCGGCGCCAGGCAGAAAAAAUGGGCAUUGACUUUGAGACGGGCAUGCAUAUCCCCCACAGCCUGGCUGGAGAUGAAGCCCCACAUCACACUGAAGAUGCAGCAGAAGAAGAGCGGCUGGUCCUGCUGGAGAACCAGAAGCACUUGCCAGUGGAAGAGCAGCUGAAGUUGCUGCUGGAGCGACUAGAUGAGGUGAAUGCCAGCAAGCAGAGCGUGGGCCGCUCACGGCGUGCAAAGAUGAUCAAGAAAGAGAUGACGGCACUGCGGCGGAAGCUGGCCCACCAGCGGGAGACUGGACGGGAUGGGCCUGAGCGGCAUGGUCCCUCAAACCGGGGCAGUCUGACACCCCACCCAGCAGCCUGCGACAAGGACGGGCAGACAGACAGUGCCGCUGAGGAGAGCAGCAGCCAGGAGACGAGCAAAGGCCUGGGUCCCAACAUGUCCUCAACCCCCGCACAUGAGGUGGGCAGGAGAACCUCAGUUCUGUUCUCCAAAAAGAACCCGAAGACAGCUGGACCGCCCAAGAGGCCGGGCCGGCCCCCCAAAAACCGGGAGAGCCAGAUGACCCCCAGCCAUGGAGGCAGUCCUGUGGGGCCCCCCCAACUUCCCAUCAUGGGCUCCCUCCGUCAGCGCAAGCGGGGUAGGAGCCCCCGACCCAGUUCGAGUUCAGACAGCGACAGUGAUAAGUCCACAGAAGACCCCCCAAUGGACUUACCAGCUAAUGGCUUCAGCAGUGGAAACCAGCCAGUGAAGAAGAGUUUCCUGGUAUACCGUAAUGACUACAACCUUCCCCGGAGCAGCUCAGACUCUGAGUCUAGCAGCAGUAGCAGCAGCAGCGCUGCCUCAGACCGAACCAGCACAACGCCCUCAAAACAAGGCCGGGGCAAGCCCUCCUUCUCUCGGGGCACGUUCCCAGAGGACAGCAGUGAGGAUACCUCAGGCACUGAGAACGAGGCCUACUCCGUGGGCACUGGCCGCGGCGUGGGCCACAGCAUGGUGAGGAAGAGUCUGGGCCGGGGAGCUGGCUGGCUGUCGGAGGAUGAGGACUCCCCCCUGGACGCUCUGGACCUUGUGUGGGCCAAAUGCAGAGGGUAUCCAUCAUACCCGGCUCUGAUCAUUGAUCCAAAGAUGCCCCGGGAGGGUAUGUUCCACCAUGGGGUUCCCAUCCCUGUGCCCCCACUGGAGGUGCUGAAACUUGGGGAGCAGAUGACCCAGGAAGCCCGAGAGCAUCUCUACCUCGUCCUCUUCUUUGACAACAAGCGAACCUGGCAGUGGCUGCCCAGGACCAAGCUAGUUCCUCUGGGGGUGAACCAGGACCUGGACAAGGAGAAGAUGCUGGAGGGCCGCAAGUCCAACAUCCGAAAGUCAGUGCAGAUCGCCUACCACAGGGCUCUGCAGCACCGCAGCAAGGUGCAGGGUGAGCAGAGCAGCGAGACCAGUGAUAGUGACUGAUGUUGCCCAGCACAGCCCAACCCACAGUGUCCUGCGACCUCUCUCCUCCCCUCUGCUCACUAUCCUGGAAUGGCACCGGCCUCUGCACUGACUCAUUCCUGGUCUUGGGGCCAGUCUCAGGGGAAGCUGGGCGGGGGAGGUCCCUCCCGCUCUAAGUGCAGCUGGACUGUACAGAAUACUCCAAGGGCCCAUGGCGGCUCUGGGCAAGUAGAGGGGUGGUCCACAGGCCAGAAAGAGCCCCAGAGACCUCAUGGCAUUAUAGGGCAUGGUGGUGGGCCAAGGUUAGGACACUGCAUAAAACAGGCCAUCCUACCACCUCUGUCUACUCGUGCCAGGAGACUCCGUAACUGCCUAGAGGCCUGAGGCCCCUGCAAGUGGUGUGGUGAGCGGGCAUCUGCCCAGCCUAGCAGUGGGAUUGAUGUCUGUCCAGCCUGGAAGAGGGGCACUAGGUGACCCCCUCCCCUGCUGUUGUAAAUACUGUAAUUAGCGGAGAAUUUAAAUUAUUCUCAUUUGUAACUGCGUUUCCCGGU